GACAGAGAUGCUACAUGUGCUGAUAGAGACAGAUCCCGGCUCAUGAAACUGCAUAAAAAGAGCAAAUCGACAAAGCCAAGGGUUAGAGGUGUGUCUGGAAACAGAGCAGGCCGGAGGACUGACACAGCUGACAAAGACCGGCUUGUGCGACACGUCCCCAGUGAGCCCAUCUCUUCCCUCAACCAGACCCCCCUACAAGACUCAGAGUGGCUCACGUUGAGUCCACAGGACAAAUUUGCCUGGGCGAAAGCAUCUAAGGACCCUAGGGUUGCUGUAGGUCAACAGUCUCCACUGGAGAAGAAGAUCUUGAAUCUAGGUGGUGUACAUACAAGAGCAGCAAGACAGUUGAUCAUUCAGAAGCAUCGAGAAGAAUAUGAAGCACUCCGCAGGGAACAAGUGCUUUCUUUUGAUUACUGGCUCGCCAAGGCAGAAUCUUAUUAUAAUAAAAGAAUAGCGGACAUGAUGAAAGAAGAAGAGGCAGACAAUGGAAUGAAGAAGGAGACGGAAGAGAGCAUAACUGAAAGCAUCGAGGGGCAGCAGUGUUACUACUUGGUACCAGAGAGAGAGUUGAAACACAUGGAAAAGCACAUAUAUCAAAUAGGCCAGGCCAGGGAAUCCAGGAAGAAAACAGUUAGGCAACAGCUGCGACCCCGUGAUAAGAUCAUACUACCAAAAAUCAUGCUGGAAGAGCAAGGCACGCAGACCACACAGAGAAGAAAGGUCAGUGAAAGGGAACAGAUGCAAAUUAAAAACCACCAGGAACGCAUGGUUCGGGGGAGAGAACUCCUAGAGCAAAAACUCCGGGAAAGAAUCUUGAGAAAAAGUCUGAGCCCACUGCCCAUACGUGAGAAGCGCAAGGCAGUAAAAAAAGAGAACAAAGAGUUUGAACGAGUUGUUGCAUAUCCACUUUUCCAGCCAGACAGUGGAAGUCAGAUUAAAGUAAACAUUCUUAUGGAAACGACUCCGAGUAGAGAAAUAACAAGUAUGAUUGUACAACCAGCUGAAAGAAAGUUUUUGGCUGUGCCACCCUUCUUGAGGAGCCAAAUAGGAAAAAUGAAAUAUUGGUAAAAUUUCAGCAUUUUGUGAGAAAAUCAUAUUUCUUAAAAGGAACUUUUUGCUAGUUAUUUCUCCUAAAGGUUUGGUGCAACUUUUCAUUUGUGGCAGACCCAGAACUAUAAAGAAGCUGUGAACAUGAAAUAUGGUUAGCUUUUUAAAAUUACCCUUUGUGGUGUUAAGUAUUCCUGUAUGUAAAGUGGAAAUCAUGGCAUUUUAUCAUGUAAUACUUACAGGAAAAUUAUGAUUUUUGUGAAUCAUUACUGUUUGUUAAUUGUUAAAUAAAUGUUUGUUUCGCUGCUUGGGAAGCUUGGGUGA